AUGUUGAAAUGUGGAUUAGAGCUUACGUAUACCGGAUUGGGCCGUCACGUUGCGUCACAUAAUAAGCCACCACGAGAUCAAGCCCACGAGAGAGCGAGCGAGAGGAGAGAGAGAGAGAGAGAGAUAGAGGCGUGCUGGCGUGCAUCACCGACUCCACUGCCUCAACGAGCCCUGCCGUUCCGAGGCCGUUCACCGGGACAAGGUCCACUUCGCCGUCUCCAAUCCGGUCGCGGCAAUCCCGAGAAGCUUCAAACAUGGAAGACUUGUCUUGCUGAUCAAAGGAUACACUGCAACUUCAGUUUCCUAUCUGAUUCCAUCACUUCUCCCAUCAGCAGCACAGCCCUCCUUAUCCUCCACUCAAGUGGCAUUUGGUGGGUUGGGAGGAACAGGAAUGCAUACUCCGCAUGGUUACGCAAUCAAAAAGCAUUCAUCUUUUUUGAAAGAGAGAUGGCCAGAAACUACGUGCAGCAGGGUACCACGGAUCCUGUGCUCUUCUUUCAGGCGGAGGACCUGAUCCCGACGCUCUGAAUGUAAGUGCAUCGUGGUGAGCUUACCGAUAUACCUCUCUAAUUAUCUGUUGGUUUCUUCCAUAUAUUUCAUACUUAUAUAUUUGCUAUGCAUGAUAUGCUUCUUCAUCAUCAAUAAAGUUCAGAUCAUAUACUAAUCUACUACAUAAUCAUGUAAUUCUGAUUAUUGAAAUUUUUCUUCCUGGUGUUUCCAUCUCCACAAGAGAUGCUUAGAGGUCUAUUAAGGAAAUAAAACUAAACCUAGUCAAGCUUAUUUUUGACACAACUGUAGACAUGCUCCCUUUCAAGUCCUCGUCCUUACAGAUUAGGUCUGUACGUAGAAACUAAUUCAUGUCUUUCUUUUCCUUUUUCAUGACAAUAUUACAGGGUUAAGGUUACGCAUGAAUAUGCUAAAUGAAUAUGACUGGAAUCGGUAAUCAAUAUUAUUUUGGAACUACCCAUCCGUUUGUCGCCGAACCAUUGGAACACCAAAAAAGAAACCAUGGGCUUGCUCUUGGCCAAACUUGGAGUUAGGGAGUCCAUCUGUUUGUAUCGUCUCAUGCACGGCCAAUACAUGAUGCGUUUCUGGAAAGAUGCAUCAAACUUUAGUGCCACUGAGACAAUAUAACAUUGUCUGGAUAAAAUUACUUGUAUAUCCCUCUAAAGCAAAUGAUUUGUAUACUUAUCCCUCUCUCUCUAUAUAUAUAUAUUCUUUAAAGCCUAAAAACUUGCAUAUACACAUACAUAUAUAUGCCAUUGUGAUUGGUCUGUUUUAAGUUUAUCAUUUGGUUGAAAUUUUAUUUCACA